AAUGGAGACCACUAAUAUAAAUGACUUAUCAGAACUUAUAAAGGAAAAAGAGAAGGUCUACACUUUUCGAAUGCUUGAAAAAAAAGAUGCUUAUGAACUCAUGGUGCUAAUGAGUGAUGCAUUUGUUUAUUAUAAUGAUGCAUUCAAGAUUUUAGAAUCAAUCGACUCAGAUAUGAAUAAUGAUGCCUGUCUUCAAGAAUAGUAAUGAUUAUUUAUAAACCAUUAAUUAGUGUCUUGAUGGUUGAAAAAAAUCUCUCUUUUGGUGCAUUUCAUGGAGAGAAACUUGUUUCAGCAUGUUUAAGUUAUGAUUUAUCAUCUAAGUCAGAUAUGCAUGUAGAUGAUGGAAAAGAACCCUCCUAAGCUAUGAAAGAAAUUGGAAAAAUGAUCAAAACUUUGUUAGAUGUAUAUAGUGAUACAAAAAGUCUUCCAAAAAAUGAAAUAUCUUAUUUAAGUCACUUAGCAACAAGAGCUGAUUACUGCUAACAAAAUCUUGCCAUUAUAUGUUCCUAUUUGUCAGCAGUAGAAAGUAGAAAACAAGGAUUUAAAAAAAUGCUAACAGGAGCUGGACACAUUGGUACCUUUAAGGCUUUUACAAAGAUUUUCAAGAAGUAUGAAAAAGUCACAGAGAUAAAAGAGGUUAGAGAAUAACCAAUAUUUAUGGUAUCUUUGAUAGCAGCAUUAGCUCCUUGAU